AGCGUUUGUAUGAUUUAUUACAUCGAAGCGCAUCACCGCUUUAAUGCAACCGUUAGAGCAUGCAUAAUUAAGAUAUUGCAUUCACCUCACACCCAAUAAAGUCUACCAACAAUGUUCCCGAACGGUUUCGACAAUUCCAUUGGGAAACACAUGGCUUACAUACAAAUUAAGCACCCGAACAAGCUAGUCAUGAUACAAUAAUUGAUGCUUAAUUCGUCGACGUUAUGAUAGGUAAGUGAGGUUUUGAUUUGUUUUUGUUCUUCUUCUUUUGUUGGAAGGGUUAUUACAUAAAAGUGUGGAUAGAGUAACCACAAAACUAUGGGGGUUUGACACAUUUCAAUCAAAAAUUUUGUUAACAGCUGAGUGUUUCAUUUUCAACGUUGUUUCAGUGAGUCAACGAUUUAUCGUGAGAUUGGCGUAGUUACUUUAUCCGUUAUUGAUAGGAUUUUAGGGUUGAAUGGGUCAGUUGUUCAUCUCGGCAGAAUGCAAUCAAUAAGUGACUACACAAUAACAACUCGUUUCAAGUGCAAUGUCGUCGGUGACAUUGUUUGUGAAGGAUAAUGGGAUAAGUAAAUAUCACUAUUAUAGUUUGCCAGCUUUGAAGAGCAGCGAUGUUUCCCUCCCGGUCACGUUCAGAUGGCCCGAUUGGAUGCGAACGCUCGAUUAUGGUGUUCGAUACUCGCGGAGAGGGUUUGCUAAAAUCAACUACAUUUACAUGGUGUGUUGCAUGUUAAUGCCCCUUUGGAUUCAUGUGUAAUGCUAUUAAGUAUUUAGCUGCAUUACAGAAGGGUCUGGUCUGUCAGUUAUUUGUUUCCAUUGCUGCUGGAAUGGUUUAGUUUCUGGCGUGUUAAGUUGUUUUAAGCAUCGAAUGUUUGAUACUUUGGGAGUAACAUAUCCUGUAGGUGAGUGUGUAUCAACCUUCAACUAGUUCAUUUAUGAUUAAAACCAGGAGUUCCGCAUUAUACCAAAUACAGUCACAGCGUGAAAAAUUAUUUGUUCUGUUCGCGAGUGUUGUGUAGUUUUGAUUUUCACGUUGAUUGACACGUUGAUUUUCAUUAACGGAGCACACAAAUAACAUCCAGCCCAGUUCAGAAUUAUGCAGCCAAUCGAUUACCGAUCCUGUUUGGGUCGAUGCAUUUGCAUUCAUCGUAAACAUUCACAUUCAGCUUCUGUACAAAAGGACAGUAGGUGUAUGUGCAAGCCUUGAUUAAUAGUAAUGCUCUAUUAAUUAUUUCGUUUCUAGGUUUGUUUUUGUAUUGUGCGUGCGUGUGUUUAGCUCUCUUGUUGUGGUAAUUAAAUAAAACUUCUAAAUAACGUUUCCCCAGUAAAAAAACUGGACGUUUCUCCGGCCCCUGCGGGUAGAAAUGCAGUAAAAGUAAAAAGUGUAUUGUUGAAUAAAUUGGUGACUUUGUGGAAAUAAAUGGAGGAUUUGUUCGUUUCCAUCUGCAAAUGCUUCUCAUUUACCAAUUGAAUUAAUGCUGUGUUGUAUUUUAGGUCAAGCAAAUGAUGUAAAUGGAAAUGUUUGAACAUAUGUUUAUAUGGUGCUUUUGUGUUGUGUAUUACGGACUAUAAUCUCUCUCUCUUCUUAGCCUAACGACCUCUAAGGUUAUGCCGGGCAUAAACCUGGCUUACCAAACUAAUUUUUAUCACGUAGUCGGAUAGUCAGUCAUUGCUAAACGGGAACGGCCUUUAUGCGAUUUGAUACACGUUCCUGUCGUGUGGAACUUUCGCCGUUUAUCACAUACAUCAAUGGGUCAUCCCCACGGACUAUACUAUCGACAGUUAUUUUUUAUAUUAAAUUAAUGAUAUAUUAAACGAGCUAUUAUUAUUACGAAGGUUUGCCUUAUUGUUAGUUAACAAUGGUUUAAAGAAACUAUUUUAGCACUUCGUUAUAAUCCGCUGCAGUUGUCUUGGAAAUGUUACUAUCUUGAUUCGCACUUUUAUUGUUAUAUUGUUCAAAAUCAGAUUCUUAUUCAGUGCUUUUGCUGAUACUACUUUUUUUUAUAAAACUUUUAUUAGCAUACAUAUUUACAUACAAUAAACAAACAUUGAUACAUUAAGGAAAAAAAAGAAAAGUUUUGGACAGUUAAUGUGUAUACAUACAUACACAACAUACAUUUACGGGUUGGACAAAGCUACAUCAAGGACGUUUAUAUCAAUCGCAUCAUCAUUAUUACUAAUGAUGUGGAUGAUAUAAUUUGCAAACAGUUUGCACACAGCCACGCGUUUACUGGCUCUUAUAUUUCCCAGAGCAGGAAAGCGCAGCACAUUGAAGAACAGGUCGACGAGUUCAGGCACAUGAUGCUUCAUUUUUUUAAGCAGACUUCUCCAGGCUCUGUUCACUCUUGGACACAUCGCAAAUUUGUGCUCGAGAGUGUCCAGAGCAUUACACGUCUCGCACGAGGUAGCAAAAGACCCGUCCCAUCUGCUGUAAGGCUCCCCAUGAGGAACCUUUCCAUUCACCAACAGGUAAAGCGUGGAACGUUGUGUUGAAUUCAACAGUUUAUUAUGGAUGUUCCUCCAGACGUUCCUCCAGUCAACGUAGGGUAUUGUACUCACGAUUUUGGCGUUUGCGAAUCUCUGGAUCUGUUUGUGCAGGAUCUUUUUUGCGGAGCAUGGUUCACACGUAACUAGCGGAAUAUACGCCAUCUCCUGAAUCACUGCUCUUAAACAUGGGUACGUUGUCAGGAUGCCCGAGAGGUUCGGUGGAUUUCCAACACCAGCGAUAUGCUGGAAACCUACUUGCGAACACUCCCUCUCUUUCACGUACCGGUUUGUCAGGAGCGCCAUACAUUUUGUUUGAGGUAGCUGAAGGUUCAGACCACUUUUCUUGCGUGGAAGAGCCAGUUGGUCCAGAGGAACGCGUAUACACCCGCUUCUGUAGUACAGCAGGUACCCGAUCAAAGUUGUCGUACUGUGCAUCGGCAUAUAGUAAACAAAAUGUUUUCCCGCUACUCGGCACUGUUGGCGCUGGCAAUGUGCAUAUUCCACCCCACAUUGUAUAGCACAAGCGGUGUAAAGUUAACAAGCCCACCAGAUAGCAACCGAAUCAGUCGAGUGCGGGGGAAUAUACUGAAAAAUCUCACCGGUACGCAGGAAUACGAGAAUCACAUCGUUACCAGCCGGUUGGAUGCAUCGGAACCGGUCAGAAUGAUGUACCGCGGACUUCGCGAAGUGUACAAUCGAUUACUCGGGCCAACGGGGACGCGAGAUGAAGGUGUGUCACUGCAAACGCGUGUACCACGUUACGUGCCGUUUCCGUGCGAUGUUCGUGGAUACAGAAGUCCUACCCCACCAGUCAGCGUACAUCAAUUGCGUCCGGGAGAUAUCGAUGUAGUGGCAGCGCUUGGAGACUCCUUGACCAGUGCUACCGGGGCUAACUCCCGACAGUUCUGGGAAUUAUUGAUCGACAAUAGGGGGCUUUCAUGGUGCAUUGGAGGUCAGGAAACGUGGAGGACGCAUCUCACAUUGCCAAACAUUCUGAAAGAGUUCAAUCCAAGACUCUUUGGAUAUUCCUUUGCAGACUCAUACAACGUACAUCUGCCUGCGCAGUUUAAUGUGGCGGAGAUCAUAGCAACAACAAGUGAUAUGCCAUAUAAUGCCGCAUCAUUGGUUGAGCGAAUGAAAGCUGAUCCACGCGUUAAGUGGCAUAAGCAUUGGAAGCUUCUCACUCUAAUGAUAGGAGGAAAUGACUUUUGCUCGGAUGUAUGCUACCAAACGAAUGCCACCGAGUGGAUCAAUCGGGACCAAGAGAAAUACCUUCUUACUACACUGCAUUACCUCAAAAAGGUUAUGCCAAGGACAUUGGUCAACCUUGUACCCUCGCCUUUGAUAAAUUUGUCAUUCUCCAUCGAUAAAGUUCAAGCUCCACUCACAUGCCAAUUUGUGCGUCCUAUAGAGUGUUCCUGUUUGUACGGGCCUAAGUACUCUAGCCAAAGGAAUCUCUACCGUCAGCUUGAACGUCGCUUCGUUAAGAUCAUGGAGCGAGUAAGCCAUCGGGCCGAGUUCCACAGUAACGAUUUCACCGUCGUAUAUCAGCCGUUCUACCGAGACGCGAGUAUUUUCCAUCGACGUGAUGGUAAACCAGAUCUUUCCAUCAUGGCCAUCGAUUGUGUGCAUCUUAGUCAGAAGGGACAUGCCGUAUCGGCGAACGGGUUGUGGAACAACAUGCUGGAACCAACGCGCCACAAAACCACUAUACUGAGAGAAUUGUUUGAAGAUUUUAAAUGUCCAACUCCAGCGAACCCGUAUAUUAAGACUUAUUAUAACAGUUGAAUAAAAUGCUUACAGCUGAUUUAUUAUA